CAUCAGGCGACACUGGCCUGAGGCAGGAGGUGCUGGGCAGGCAGUAGCAUGGGGUCUCGGAGGGUCCCCAGCCGCAGCUGGAGUGGGGGCGCACACAUGGGUGGCGACAGUGAGGACGAGGGGCCGGUGUGGACCCCUGGCCCGGCCAGCCGCAACUAUCUGCUCAGCGUGAGGCCUGAGACCAGCUUAUCCAGCGGCCGGCUGCCUCACCCCAGCUCUGGAAGAAGCACCUUCUGCUCCAUCAUUGCCCAGCUCACAGAGGAGACCCAGCCCGUUUUUGAGACCACGCUCAAGUCCCGGGCCGUGUCCACAGACAGCGACGUCAGGUUCACCUGCGUGGUCACAGGGUACCCUGAACCAGAGGUGACGUGGUACAAGGAUGACAUGGAGCUAGACCGCUACUGCGGCCUGCCCAAGUACCAGAUUAGCCAGCAGGGAAGCCGGCACACACUGCAACUCUACAGGUGUCAGGAGGAGGAUGCCGCCAUCUACCAGGCCUCGGCCCGGAACUCCAGGGGCAUCGUGUCCUGCUCGGGGGUGCUGGAGGUGGGCCCCAUGACAGAGUACCGCAUCCACCAGCGCUGGUUCUCCCGGCUCAAGCGCCAGGCUGCCUCGAGACUGCGGGAGAUGGAGCAGAGCUGGAGGCGGGGCCCUGAGGUGCCCGAGGCCGACUCCCUGCGCAAGCUCAGCCCCGACCGCUUCCAGCGCAAGCGGAGACUCAGUGGUCCUGGGGCCCUCCCGGCCCCCCACAGGGAGGAGGAGGAAGAGGCCAUAGAGCCCAACCUGCAGCCUGGCUCAGGCCUGACCAACAGCUUUGUUCCUGGGGAGGUGAUCACUAAUGGGGAAGCGGCCCCUGAGAAUGGGGAGGAUGGGGAGCACGGCCUGCUCACCUACCUCUGCGAGGCCAUGGAGCAGGGACCACCGAGGGCCCCCCGGAAGGCAUCCGGGGCCAAGAAGAAGAAGAAUGUUGAGCUGAAGCCAGGCCUGAGGAAGCCUGAGGCAAAGAAGACUCCCUCCCCAAACUGUGUCCCCAGGGUGGACAGGCCACAGCCCGUGGGGACACAGGGCCGGACAGGACCCAAGGGUCAAGCCCCAGGCUCAGCUGCCACAGACAGUGCCAGAAAGCCAGGCUCCAGAGCAGACCCUCGGGAUGGGGCCCAGAAUGCCCUGGCCCCUACUCAGGGGCCAGGCUCAGCCCUCACUCCUGCCCCAGCCCCCAGCUCUGCCCCACCCCCUACCCCUACCCCCACCUCCAGAUCUGCCCCACCCCCUACCCCUGCCCCUGCCCCCACCUCCAGAUCUGCCCUACCCCCUACCCUUGCCCCCACCUCCAGCUCUGCCCCUGCCCCUGCCCUUGCCCCUGCCCCAGCCCUAGCCCAGACCCCAGGCCCGAUCCCAGCCCCGACCCCCAGACCCAGCCAGGAGAUGUAUUUCUCCCUGAAGGACUUGUACGUGGAAAGCACCCUGCCUGAGAAUGAGGCACUGGGGGUGAUGCCCCCGGGGAGGAUAGCCAGCCAUGGGAGGGGCCCUGCUCCUGGGCAGCCUGCCCCAUCCUCAGCCCCUCCACCCACCAGGCCUUUCAAUAGGAGGAGGUUUGCCCCUCCGAAGCCCCCCAGCACCAGCGGAGCACCCCAUUCCCCGCCAAGUCCUGCUCCAGAACUCUCUGCCAUGGGCCCAGUGAAGACCUCCCCCCAGACAUCUGCCCCAACACCCACGCCACCUGCCCGGAGGAGACACAGCACACAGGACGCCCCUGCACAGCUGCCAGCUGGCUCUGGGGCCCCAGGAGAGGUCUUGGAGCACCAGGCAGCUGGGGCCACGCAGGACAACAGCAGGAUGCUGCUUGCCCCCACUGGGCUCAGCACUAUCAGAGGUCCAGACACAGAAGCCCAGGAGAAUGGCUGGAGAGCUGGGGGCAAGUGGAGCCCAGAGGCACACGGGACGGCGGAGGGGGCUGGGAGGAUGCUUGUGGAAACACUGGGAAGCGAGAGGCCAGAGCCAGAGAGGAGCUCCCCGGUGCAUGUGGGGCAGGGAAGGACAGGCUGCCAAGCGGAGAGGGUGGAUGAGAGGACGCAGGACAGAGGGGUGGGGAAAAAGGAGAAGACACAGGAAGACAGAAGCACACAGGAUGAGGAGAGGAUGCAGGAAGAGGAGAGGACACAGGGAGACAGAAGGACACGGCAAGAGAGGAUACAGGAGGACAGAAGGACGCAGGAAGACAGAAGGACAGAGGAAGAGGAGACGACACAGGAAGAUAGAACACGGGAAGAGGAGAGGACACAGGAGGACAGAAGGACAUGGGAAGACAGAAGGACAGAGGAAGAGGAGACGACACAGGAAGACAGAAGAACAUGGGAAGAGGAGAGAACACAGCAGGACAGGACUCAGGAGGACAGAAGGAUGCAGGAAGAGGAGAGGACACAGCCACAGGGGAGUGUCCCCAUGGUCAGGAAAGAUCAUCAGGAGGAGGGGUCUGUGAGCACUGGGGCCUCCCAGCCCCCAGCCCCAGAGCUGCCACCUCCCCAGGCCACUGGGUCCCCUCUGAUGAUGCCUAUGGAGCAGUCCCCAGAAGGGCCCCCAGAGCCACCCGGCCUACUGCUUGGAUGCACGGAGGCAGCGGUGAUGGCCUCUGGGGACCCUGAAGGAGCCGGGGUGAGUCCCCUCGCGAACGUCCUGGAGCCCGAGGGACGAGAGAGCCAUUCAAGGCCCACGCUGGAGGAGGGCAGACAGCAGGGUCCACAGGAGGCACAGUCUCUGGGCUGGGGCCCUGGGCAGCCCGCUGAUCCCCCUCCCCCAGUGGAGCCCACUGCCCCCAGUCACCCUGGAGAGCCCACUGCCCCCUGUCUCUCUGUACCUGGCCUGACCAGUGGCUCACAGGGGGCGCUGCCCAGCACUCCGACUUCCCAGCAUGGCUCUGUCUCCCCACCUUCUGAGGACCAGGCUGAGCCGGGCUCUGCUCCUUCCCUGGACCCCAGCCCCCCCGCCGGCAGUGGGGGGGCCUGUGCUGAGGCACCCGGAGGGCGCCCCCGAUCCUGCGACCCGGGCCUCAUCGACUCUCUCAAGAACUACCUGCUGCUACUGCUGAAGCUGUCAGGCCCUGAGACAGGUGGGGGGGCUGUGGGGUCCCCAGGGCCUGGGCCUUGCGCCCCACUGGAGGUGGCUGGCCUGAGUCCCUGCACCUCGCGGCGCCUGCUGGAGCAUGCAGAGAGCGACCGCCUGGUGCAGAGUGCACGCAGCCUGCUGCUCAGCCCUGCCACCUCCCGCCGCCUCACCAGCCUGCUGGACCAUGAGGUGCAGGCCGGCCGCCAGGCUCUGGACACCAGCCGGGGGCCGCCCACUGUGCCUGCCAUUUUGGUGGGCGAAGACCCCGCCCUGGAGCCUGAGGGUGAGGACAGUGCCUGCCCAAAGGGAGGCCUGGGGGGUCUUCCUGCGGCGACGCCCCAGGAGCUGGCCCUGGGGGCACGCAGGAAGCGGGUGCUGCCCAGGGCCUCAGUCGGCGGGGAUGAGGAACCCAAGCUUGAGGAGAGGGACAGCCCCACUGUCCCCCGGGCACCUAGGAAGGGCCUGGCACCCGUGUCCCCGGGCCAGGAGAGGUGCUCCCCAACCCAGGGCCACAGGGCCAGCCUGCUGGCAGUGCCACGGGCCGAGGACGAGCCACCCACGGAGUCACCCUCAGAGCCCACCGUGGACCAGGGCAGGCAAGAUGAGCUGGGCAAGCCCAAGACGGCCAAAGACCUGCUCCAGGCCCCACAGGUGAUCCGGAAGAUCCGGGUGGAGCAGUUCCCGGACGCCUCUGGCAGCCUGAAGCUCUGGUGCCAGUUUUUCAACGUUCUCAGCGACUCCGUCCUGACCUGGGUCAAGGACCAGCGUCCCGUGGGGGAGUGGGACGCAGCCUGCUGGUGUUUGGGCCGGGGCAGCGAGCAGUCCCUCCUAGGCAGGAACUAUGAUGUCACCAUCCAGGCCUGCAAGAUCCAGAACAUGGGCCGGGAGUACUGCAAGAUCUUUGCUGCAGAGGCCCGGGCUGUGCCUGGCUUCGGGGAGGUGCCUGAGAUUGUCCCGCUGUACCUCAUUUACCGGCCGGCCAGCGCCAUCCCCUAUGCCACGCUGGAGGAGGACCUGGGCCAGGCCCUGCAGCCCUACUGCUCCCGGGAGCCGGAUGCUGCCUCACCCCCCCUGGGCCCUGGCGCUGAGGCCACGCACAAGUGCCACACGUUCCAGCACUGGCUGUACCAGUGGACAAACGGCGGCUUCCUGGUCACGGACCUGGCAGGGGCCGACUGGAAGGUGACAGACGUGCAGAUCGCUACCAGGCUGUGCGGGUACCAAGGCCUCAAGGAGAGCUGCUCCCCAGCCCUGCUGGACCAGUUCACUGCCGCCCAUAGAUGCAACGCCUUCUGUGAGAUGCUAGGGCUCAGGCCCCUCAAGGGCCCUGAGGCUGCCCAUCUCCCAGCCAAGGCCAAAGGCUCCAAGAGUCCAUCUGCUGGCCGGAAGGGCCCCCAGCUAAGUCCCCAACCCCAGAAGAGACAGCCCCCCAGCCCCCAGGGUGCCCGGAAGAGCCCCAGGGCUGGCCCUCAGGCCUUGGAGCCCACCCCACCCUGCAGUCAGCCCCCCACCCAGGAGGGGGCCCCCAAGGGCCUGCAGUAGCUGGGAGGCUGGGGCAGCUGGACCUGAGGGGCUCACGGAGGCCAGUGUGAACAGCAGUGGCUCCUGCAAGGCCCAGCUCCCCCCACCUGCCCACACCUGCCAGCUGGGCCCAUUUGAGUUUACACAGCUACUGCUGGGGACUCCCCAAGUCCCAGCCUGAGCUCUGAUGGCUUGCACUAGGGUCCUCAGCCUUUGGCCGGGUUCCGCCCCCCUGCUGUGGCUCCCAGCUCCUCACUGGCCCACUGCCAUCCCCAGGAUGCCCCUGCCACUGCCUUCUGCUUUGCCUCGCCAGCUUGCUCCUAGCCUGCCCUUCCAGGGCCUUUCUUCUGCCUCUGUGGUGCCUGUAUGCUGUGAGCCCCCCCCACACACACACACCUCCACCCCUGCAAGCCUCUCCUGUAGCCCCCAGUGCCAGCCCUGAGCCCUUGGCCCUGACACCCUCUGCUGUGUGCUUCCCAGGACACACCCCCUUCCCAUGCCUCCCUGGGGGCCCUACAGAGGGUGCAGGCAACUGGGGGAUCUGGACUCUUCCCACGAGGAAAUGUGCAGGGGUGUGGGGGCAGAGUGACCUUUGUGCCUCAGCCCUGGAUCUUGGGCUUUGAACCCAGGGCCUCCAGCUCUGGGGUGGUCAGGGCUUGCUGUGCUGGCCCCCUGGGGCCCCCUGAGCACCCUCCUUGGAAUGCAAUAAAGGCACCUCCAUGCCCUUCCUCACAGCUGUGGUUGUAGGUGUUGGGUCUGACCCAGCUCCCCCAGGCUCUUCAGGGUCCAGGACCAGCAGGGAGGCCGCUGCCAACUCCUGGGGGUUCAGGCUUUGUCCCUGUGGCCACAGUUGGGGUGCAGUUGGGGUGGGGGUCAUGCAGGGGUGGGGAGGAAGGGCAGGGAGGGUGCUAGGGACACUCCUGAUGCCCCCUUCCCUGUGUGACACCCCACUAGUCCUCUAUCAUUGUGGCCCUGUUGAUUUGGGAGCUAGGAACAUGCUGGGGGUGUCCAGUGCAUACUGCCCCUGGCCCCCAUACACUGCAUUCUGGGGAGACAGCCUGGAAUGGGGGGAGGCCUUUCCAAAGGAUAUGCAUUCUUUUGUCUUUUUUUUAAAGAUUCAUUUUCAGGACAGAGAGACGGACCAGAGCACCACUGAGAUCAGUCUUAUGGUGGUGCCAGGAAUUGAACUUGGGGCCUCUGGAGCCUUGGACAUGAAACUCUGGUGCACCACCAUGACACUGUCUCCCAACCACCCCACUUCUUUAUGUGACACCAAAGAACAAGCCUGGGGUCUCUAGCUCGCUACUGAGCAUAUUCCUUCACCUAUCCUUUAUUUUUUAGAAACAGAGGAGAGGGGCAUAGCCAGACAUAGAGAGGAGAGACACAACGGCACCCCUCCACCAUGCAUGGAUAGCCCCCCACCCCACCAAAACCGAGGGCUUGGAUCCUUCCAGGAUGGUGGAGGCCUGGAAGGACCCCUCACACAUGGUAAACCACAUACACACACACACACACACACACACACACACACUACAUACCACAUACUACCCACACAAUACACAUACCACAUAUAAACCACAUACCACUCAUACACACCAUAUACACACACACCACACACACACAACUCUCUCUACAGAUUGUGACUCUUCACAUACAACUGAAGCACAUUCUUCUCUGCCAGUGGGGUCCACUCGGGGUGACAUCCACUGACAAGCCCUGAGGUGAUGGCCAGCGCCCCACUGCCUACACUCUACUGUCCGAGCGAACCCCUCCCCUCUGUGGUUCUGUCACGGCCCAGCCCCAGGGAGAGCUGGUCUAGCAGCCAUGGGCCGACGCAGUCAGCACCUGGGGAAGGCAGACCAAAGCGGGCAAAGACCAUAGUCCAUUUCAUCUCUGUUUAUGAUGGGUGCUUGUGACUCAGCUCUUGUCCCCAGGUCCAGCUCUUUCUGGGUCCUGCCCAGGUGGCUGGCAUUUAGUGGGGUCAUGAUUGCAGAGGAAGCACUGGGGGACCCCAUGGUCACUGGAGCUCUGCCCCCUUGCUCUUGUGACUUACUCACAGUUAGCAGCCCAGCAGCAGGCAGGUAAGGGGUGGGGCCCCUGUAGCCCCACUGUGUCACAGGGCCUGACUGAGUGCUCUACAUACCAGGCCUUGCUCACAGAGCUCACAGGCUCAGCUGCCUGGUGGAGCACAGCACAUGGGGACCCCUUGGUUUUCACAGCACCCCAGAUUUCCACAGGUGGGAGAUGCAGGAGCCUUGAGGAAGUGGGCGCAGACGAGAGCCGCACAGUGUCUGCACGCAACCCUGUGUGCUCAGAACUCUGGGCACAGAUGGAGGGGUGCAGUGGAUGAGGGGUGAGAGCAGGCAGCCCGCAUUCCACACCCACGUGCAGCACCUCCACAAUUCGUCCUUGGGUGCCUGGUGGGUCCCUGCCCGGGGUGAGGUGGGGGGAUGGGGCCUAGCCUAUACUUGUCUCCAGAACCUGACCUGGGUCCCUGGGCCCCUGACACCUGCAGGGCUUUGCUACCAGUACAUUCCACAUGCUCCAUGUAGCAGUCUGCCCUCCCACGGCCUGCUGGGGCUCCCAGCAGAUACCCACACUCGGUGGGUGCUGCCCAGCCUGGGGCCUGGUGGACAAGCCUUUGGUGGCUGGAGACUACCCAGAGCAGGAGUGAGACACCCGGUGUGAUGGGUGUUGCAGCCUGGGCUCAGGGCAGGGGUGUCAUGGGAAGCUGUUCUGCUGCUUGUGCACUGGGCUGAGCCCCACCUGCUUGCCCACCUCCCCUCUCUUCCAGGAAAGCCAGACUUUUGUGCAGUGCCGGGGCCCAACGGGGGCUCAAUGCCACUGAGGUGCCCCCCUGGCCUGAUUCUAAUUCUUUUUUGCAACUUAGCUUAUCCCUGGAGCUUGGUGCCCACAAAGCCCGACCCUUCCCUGUGGCCACUUUUCCUUUCCUCCAAGUAGAGUAAGGGGGGUGGGGAGCGAGACCACAACACUGCCCCAUCAUCCAGGUGCUUCCGUGCGGUGGGCAGGGCUGAAAUCCUGAUCCUUGCACCUGGGAACAGCUGUGUUCUGCCAGGUGAGCCACUCUGUGGCCCCCUCAUAUCUCCGAAAGAGAUAGAGAUGGAAAGGGAGAUGCCACAGCUCCAUCAUCUGUGGAGCUCCCGGAGGCAGCAUAGUGUUCCCGUGUGUGUGCUGCCAGGUGGAACCCAGAACUUCACAUGUGGAAAGGCAUGUGCUCUCCCUGCUGAACUUGGAUGCCCAGUGUCCUCAGGGGGAGACUGUGCCCCAUCUUGGUUGGUGCAGAUGUUCUGCAGGCCGUCCUCUGGGGAGCGUCCAGCCCUGGCUGGUCUCUGUAGCCAGUCAGUCCCACUGGGUGGCUGGCUCCCAGCCCUGGACUUUGCUGCUGAGGCUAGGAGCUCUCUCCCAAUAAAGCCUCUUCUUUCCUGAA